AUGGCUGACGCGCAGAGCAAGGACACCAAGAUCCUCGUUGAGGGUGCCCAGGCUGUCAUGCUUGACUUGAACUUUGGAACCUACCCCUAUGUCACAUCAUCCAACACUGGCCUUGGCGGUGUCUUCACUGGUCUCGGCAUCAACCCCAGAAAGGUCAAAAACAUUGUCGGUGUCGUCAAGUCCUACACCACUCGUGUCGGUGGCGGCGGCUUCCCCACGGAACAGCUCAACGAGGUCGGCGAGAAGCUCCAGAAGAUUGGCCACGAGAUCGGCGUCUCGACCGGUCGCUCGCGCCGCUGCGGCUGGCUCGACCUUGUCGUCGUCAAGUACUCGACCCAGCUUAACCACUACACCGCCAUCAACCUCACCAAGCUCGACAUUCUCGACACUUUCCCCACCAUCAAGGUCGCUGUUGCCUACAAGGACAAGCGCACCGGCGAGGAAUUCGCUUCCUUCCCUGCUGAUCUCAAGGCGCUUGACCACGCCGAGGUUGUGUACGAGGAGCUCGAGGGCUGGAACACGCCCACCACUGGAGCCAAGACCUAUUACGACCUGCCCAAGCAGGCGCGCGCGUACAUUGAGUUCAUUGAGAAGAUUGUCGGCGUCAAGGUUGUCUGGAUCGGCACUGGUCCCAAGAGAGAGGACCUUAUCUUCCGCGGAUACUAG